ACGUGGAGUAAGGAGCUGCCAGCCUAUGUCUGCUAAAACUUCAUACACUAUGAGAAGAGUUGAGACCAUAUUUUUGUAUAUGCGACGUCAGCGGUCUUAAUAUCGAGUGCCUUAUAUCUUCAGAUUUAACUUUAACUUUGACAAGUGUUUUCGUCCAGGAAUUAACAACACAGCACGCACCAGCUAGCCUUUUUAGCUAACAGGAACAGCAUCUGCUGUAACUAUAGCUAUCGCUAACCAAAGUCCGCGAUAUGCAAGUUGAAUACAUUUGAAUCACAAGAGCCAAAAAAUGAAAAGGACCAAGAAGGACUUGACUGGCCGACGUUGACGUAUAAUUUGAAAAAACUUCAGACUGACAACUAUUUAGCUUGCUAAUAUUAGCCAGCCGGCGGAUAACAGCAAACUGUCAAAAUGGGCUCUCUGUUCCGAGGUGAAGAUAUGUGUUUGGCCCAGCUGUUUCUGCAGUCUGGAUCAUCAUACGACUGCAUCAGUGAACUUGGAGAACUGGGGCUUGUGGAGUUCAGAGACCUCAAUCCCAGCGUCAAUGCUUUCCAGCGCAAACACGUCAAUGAGAUCAAAAAAUGUGAAGAGAUGGAGAGGAUCCUCGGAUACCUUUUGAGGGAAAUCAAGAAAGCUGAUAUUUCACUGCCAGAAGGAGAUGUGAACCCAGUGGCUCCUUUGCCCAAGCAUGUCAUGGCUAUAAUGGAUCAGCUGCAGAGGCUGGAACUUGAGUUAGGUGAGGUCACCAGAAAUAAAGAGAAGUUGCAGAAGAAUCUGCUGGAGCUGACAGAGUACACACACAUGCUGCGCAUCACUCGCAACUUUGUUCAGAGAACUGCUGAGCGAGAGCCGCUACAAGUACAGUAUGAGGAAUUUCCCUUCCUAGAAAAAGACACAAUGAUGGACUACAACAGUAUGCAGCGUCUAGGAGCCAAACUGGGUUUCAUUUCUGGGCUUAUUCAGAGGGUGAAGAUCGAGGCCUUUGAGCGGAUGCUUUGGAGAGUUUGUAAAGGCUACACCAUCCUUAGCUAUGCUGAAGUUGAGGAGUAUCUCGAAAACCCUGACACUGGUGAGCCUACCAAAAGUGUGGUGUUCCUGAUCUCUUACUGGGGAGACCAGAUUGGCCAGAAAGUGAAGAAGAUCUGUGACUGCUACCACUGUCACUUGUAUCCAUAUCCCAGCAGCAAUGAGGAGCGGAACGAUGUGGUGGAAGGACUAAGGACCCGCAUUCAGGACCUGCACACAGUACUUCAUAGGACAGAGGACUACCUGAGACAAGUUCUAAUCAAGGCUUCAGAGUCUGUCUAUACCUGGGUCAUCCAGGUCAAGAAGAUGAAAGCCAUCUACUAUAUUCUCAACCUGUGCAGUUUUGAUGUCACCAACAAGUGUCUAAUUGCUGAGGUGUGGUGUCCAGUCAGUGACAUUCCCACCCUGCGGAGAGCCCUAGAAGACGGAUCGAGAAAAAGUGGAGCAACAGUUCCUUCCUUUGUCAAUCGUAUCCCCACCAACGACACUCCCCCCACCCUGAUAAGGACCAACAAAUUUACCUCUGGCUUCCAAAACAUUGUGGAUGCUUAUGGUGUAGGCAGUUACAGAGAGGUCAACCCUGCUCCUUUCACAAUCAUCACUUUCCCGUUCCUGUUUGCUGUGAUGUUUGGGGACCUGGGGCAUGGAAUGAUCAUGGCUCUGUUUGCUUUCUGGAUGGUGUUGUACGAGAACAACCGCAAACUUAAAAACACAAGGAAUGAGAUCUGGAACACAUUCUUUGAGGGGCGUUACAUCAUCCUGAUGAUGGGCCUGUUCUCCAUCUACACUGGCCUGAUAUAUAACGACUGUUUCUCAAAGUCCCUAAACAUCUUUGGUUCUGGAUGGAGUGUGAAAGCCAUGUUCACCGCUGAUGUGUGGAAGGAUGCUGAUCUCAUUGGGAAUCAUUUGCUUACUCUGGAUCCAAAUGUCACGGGAGUUUUCAAAGGACCAUACCCUCUGGGAAUUGACCCGAUUUGGAACUUGGCAUCCAACCGGCUUACGUUUCUAAACUCCUAUAAGAUGAAGAUGUCAGUGAUAGUGGGCAUCAUACACAUGAGCUUCGGGGUCAUCCUCAGCACUUUUAACCAUUUGCACUUUAGGAAGAAGCACAACCUAUACUUGGUUUUCCUCCCGGAACUUGUGUUCCUACUGUGUCUUUUUGGCUACCUGGCGUUCAUGAUAUUAUACAAGUGGCUGGCCUUCUCUGCUAAGGAUUCAAGGCACGCCCCGAGCAUCCUCAUUCACUUCAUAAACAUGUUCCUCAUGCAAGGUGACGCAGUGCAGCCCCUCUACCCAGGACAGACUGGCUUGCAAGUAUUUUUGGUGGUCAUAGCCGUUCUCUCAGUGCCUGUCUUACUCGUGGGGAAACCAGCCUACCUUUAUUGGCUUCAAAAUGCAAGCCACCGCAUAGGAAUGUACAGGGGUUAUGAGCGUGUGCGGCGUAACAGUGAAGAAGAGCUUUACCUGAUGAGGGCUCAUGACAUGGAGGAGGGCAGCAGUCACAGCGAACUCUCCUCUAGUGGAGAGCACCAGACAGAGGAGUUUGACUUUGCAGAUGAGUUUCUGCAUCAGGCCAUCCAUACGAUAGAGUAUUGCCUGGGGUGCAUCUCGAACACAGCCUCCUACCUAAGGCUCUGGGCUCUGAGCCUGGCACAUGCUCAGCUGUCAGAGGUGCUGUGGUCCAUGGUGAUGCGAGUAGGACUAAGAAUGGACACCAGUCUCGGGGUUUUAUUCUUAGUACCAGUGUUUGGCCUCUUUGCUGUGCUUACUGUGUCCAUCCUGCUGGUAAUGGAAGGUCUAUCUGCGUUCCUUCAUGCCCUCCGGUUACAUUGGGUGGAGUUUCAGAAUAAAUUCUACAGUGGAACUGGAGUGAAGUUUUGCCCCUUUUCCUUUACUCUCCUGCCCUCCAGCUUUGAGCAUGGGUCAGGGGGAGCAUGAUGGCUUACUGUGAAGGAACUUUCUGGUAAUGCUGUUAGGUGGUAAACAAAGCCAAAACAUGCCAGUGAUUUCAUGAGCUGAUUAAGAAUUUUCUUUUCACCUUUUUUUAAAUAAUUUGUCAUGUGGAGAGAAAAAAUUAAGGACCUCAACAUGCUGCCCUCUGAACAAUUCAAAGAACACAGGUCGUACAGAGUGUACUGCUGAGAACAUUACUGUUUUUCUUAGUCCAAAUUUAUGUAACACAGGGUAUUUGUACUUUGCAGUUUGGGCUGUGAGGCUCAAAUUUAAGAUAUAACUCAUUUGGCUAAAUGCAUCGAUUUUUCUUAUGAGGCCUUAUUGAUUGUUGAUAUCACCUGUAUGGGAAACCGCAUCUGCCAAACUAAGAAUAAAUAAGUGAAAAAGAUAAAGUAACAAGUAAAAGGAUGACCCCAAGCUUUGGCCACACUGAUGAAAGGAGAGAGAUUUAUUGUUGGUUUUAUAGUUGACACUGAUGUUGAUAUUAAUAAAAGAUCUGAAAAAAAACUAUCUCCCCCCCCCCCCCCAAAUUGAGUUUUAGUUUUGGCAGAUGUGGUUUCCAUGGGCCUGGUAGUGAACCACCUUUCAAUUACAUGAAGUUUUUGCUCAACUUUUUGUUGCACUGACUGCCUUACAGAAGUACAACCAAAUGACAGCAUACUGUAUGAUUCUUAAGUUUCCCUUGUAUUCCUACUUUGUGGUACCAAAACACUGCGAAGGAUCCUUUGACUUUUCAGUAUUGAGAAGUGCUUGGGCAGGGAUGUGCUGAGAUGUAAAUAGUUUUACAGAAUUAUUUUUUUAAUUUAUUAUAUUUUAAAAUGUUGCAACAGAAUUAAAGAUGAAUGUCAAUGGGAUAUGAUUUUUACUUUAAUGCAUUCACAGUGUUGCCUACGCGUCACUUGCUGUACAACAUUCCACGAAUUGAAAACUUGUAUCAUUCAUUGCGACUGGACAGCAAAUUAAGACUAUAAAUAUCCUUUAUUCUCUUUGACACCGUGGUUUGUCUGUAUUAAAAAUGAUAGGGAGAAGACUGAAGAUGUACUAAUAUCUGGCAUAGGUAGUAUUUGCAGAAUUUGUGAAUUUGAUGUAUUGUGGAUAAUGCAACUAGUGUCUAAAUUUUUCUCUAAGGGAAGGAGACUUGAUCACUGUCACCGUUACAUUACUGAGCUAUUUUGCACUUUUUCACAGGCAAUAUAAUUUGCCACACAUUUUUGAAAGUUAGGACCACAUGGUGACAGAAUCUAUGAAACAACUGGCUGUCACUGUUUUAGUGGGUGAGGAAUGUUUGAUGAGCCAUGAUUUGCUUUUUGUUAACUCUAAAUUGUAUUACGGGUUGGUUUAGAGGGUAGUAUAAUUUCCUCUAAUAUAGGUCUCAUCUUGCCAUUAAUUUUCAUUUUAACAAGUAUGUUUUAUCCCCAUUGACAAACACUCCAUCUUUUGACUGUUUGAGAAAAUUCUGAGAAAAUCCUCGCCUUUGGCCUUCUACUUUUGUGUUGGGCCAGCAGUCUCUAUGGGAUGUACUGUAUAUACACGUAUGUCUUGAGGCAACUAUGUUUUAAUUUCAGUGUUAUUGAAAACGAUGUAACUACACAAAAUUACAAAUUUCUACACCAGUCCAACACCUCAUGAAAGCAGUGCAGGAGUUAGCUUGUCUUCAAACCUUUACUUUAGUCACAAAAUGACAGAGCCAUGUCUGACUUUAUGAGACCAGGUUUAGUACUGCUUUCUGACUAUGGCAAUGGUUAGAUCUGACAUGUUGGUAAUAAACUGUAUUUGAGUUGUUUUUUUCUCCCAAGGCCCAUAACUGCAUUUCUCAUUCAUUAAGCUACAUAUUGUGUGCAGUAAGUGAUUUUAAAAGUACAAUCUGAAAGUGACCUUUGUGCAUCUUUUUAAAUGUUGCUUUAUGUUGAUUUGUAUGAAGUGGAAACACACAAGCAGUUUGGACAGCAUGUUAAAGCCUCGGCGCAGUAUACGGGAGGGAGGGAUUGCUAUAAACAAUACAUCUUGUAUGAUUUUUAUCAAGUCAGUUGUCUGUUCAAAACAGUCACUCAUCUCUUUGUUUGACUUCUGAUUCAUGAACUGAUUAUCGAGUUGUCAAUUAA